AUACUCUAUCUUUGUUUUCCCAAGGAACUCAUAUUAGCUUCCCUUCAUACAAUGGAAUGAGCGCCCUCCCUGCGCAUACAGCUGUCUGCGCAACGACUCCGCAGCCACGACGCCAUUGAAUAUUUUACGGCAGGCAUCUACAACACGUACUUGUGUUUCAGCACGUCCAUCUGGCUGACUGUAAUGUUGCAUUCAGAAGCCUCUGGGCUUAAUGGCAGUAGUAUAUUCUGACGACCGCGCUUCACAACAAAUGGCAGUCGUUGUUUCGCUGAGGAUAACUCUAUGCCUUUUCGUCUUUCUACUAUCAGCACCGAGUCACGCCGCUCGGCUAUACACUGAAGAUGAUCCGGUGACUAUACUGACCAGCGACACCCUGAAACAGAGUGUUCAGAACUCCACAACAGCCUGGCUGGUCCAGUUUUAUUCAUCGUGGUGUGGACACUGCAUCCAGUACUCACCGACCUGGAAAGCUCUGGCCGGGGAUGUCAAAGACUGGGACCAUGCCAUGCGCAUCGGAGUGCUGGACUGCGCUCACGAGAAGAACUUUGACGUCUGCAAGGACUUUGAGAUCCACUUCUACCCAACCUUUAGGUAUUUCAAAGCACAUGGCAGCACCAGUGAUGUCGGCAAAACAUACAGAGGUCCUGACCGCGAGCUGCAGACGGUGAGACAGCUAAUGGUGAACUUCCUGCAGAACCACACAACGCAGGACUGGCCCUCCCGCUGCCCUCCUCUAGAACCUUCCAGGUCGGAGGACAUCCUGGACUUACUGGGCCAGAAGUCAGAGCAGUACACGGCGGUGAUCAUAGAGGACGCGGACUCCUAUGUGGGACGAGAGGUGAUCCUGGACCUGAUGCCUUAUGAGGGUGUGAGUGUUAGACGGGCGCUGAGCUCUGAUAAGCUGCUCAUGGACAGACUGGGAGUCACCGCCGUGCCCGCCACCUACCUCCUCCACCCCAACGGGACACACGGCCUCAUGGACGCUCAGAAAAGGCUCCGCUUCUUCUUCUCCUCCUUCCUGAAGCUCCUCCCCGGCGUCCACAGACUAAACUCCGCCUCUCUCCAGAACCCCGCCCACUCCUCCAAGAAUGGCCACAAACUCACAGAAGAGUGGAGACAGUUUGAGAAGUCUAAGGUGUACAUGGCUGAUCUGGAGUCAGGGCUGCAUUACCUGCUGCGAGUGGAGCUGGCCACACACCAGAGCCUGGAGGGCGAGGAGCUCAGGGCCUUUAAGGACUUCGUCACCGUGGUUGCCAAGCUCUUCCCAGGACGCUCCUCCGUGGUGAAGCUUCUGGAGACUCUGCUGGAGUGGAUCGUCAGCCUGCCUCUGGAGAAGAUCCCCUAUGAUGCUGUGCUCGACCUCGUCAACAACAAGAUGAGGAUCUCGGGGCUGUUUCUGAGUGAGCGCGUGCAGUGGGUGGGUUGCCAGGGCAGCAGCGUGGCGUUGAGGGGCUACCCCUGCUCCCUCUGGACCCUGUUCCACGUCCUCACUGUGCAGGCCGCCCAGCGCCCCGACGCCCUGGCUAACACAGGUACACACACCUGGCUAACACACGCCCAGCGCCCCGACGCCCUGGCUAACACAGGUACACACACCUGGCUAACACACGCCCAGCGCCCCGACGCCCUGGCUAACACAGGUACACACACCUGGCUAACACACGCCCAGCGCCCCGACGCCCUGGCUAACACAGGUACACACACCUGGCUAACACACGCCCAGCGCCCCGACGCCCUGGCUAACACAGGUACACACACCUGGCUAACACACGCCCAGCGCCCCGACGCCCUGGCUAACACAGGUACACACACCUGGCUAACACACGCCCAGCGCCCCGACGCCCUGGCUAACACAGCGUUUGAGGAGGACCCCCAGGCCGUACUGCAGACCAUGCGCAGGUACAUCAGCACCUUCUUUGGCUGUCAGGAGUGCGGCCGCCAUUUUGAGGAGAUGGCCAAGGAGUCGAUGGGGUCCAUCAAGAGCGCCGACGAGGCCGUCCUCUGGCUCUGGAGGAAACACAACCAGGUCAACAGCAGACUGGCAGGGUCCAUGAGUGAGGACCCUCUGUUUCCUAAGACCCAGUGGCCGACCCCUGACCUGUGCCCCCUCUGCCAUGAGGAGCGCAGUGGUCUGCACGUGUGGAACGAGCCCACCGUCCUCUCCUUCCUCAAGAGGCACUACGGCACCGGCAACAUCUCCCCCAAAUACGCCCUCGACCCGCCCCGCCCGCCCCGCCCCUCGACCCCGGAACCCGUGGAACGCAGGGAACCGGAGCGAGCCUCAUCUCCAGCCACAUGCCCAGCUCCAGCUCCAGCCACAUGCCCAGCUCCAGCUCCAGCCCCAGGCCCAGCCACAUGCCCAGGCCCAGGCCCAGCUCCAUGCCCAGCCACAUGCCCAGGCCCAGCUCCAGCUCCAGCUCCAGGCCCGGGGGUUGAGGCCCACAGGGAGCCCGGCAUGAACUUCCUGGCGCUGGGCUUCUCCAGCGUGGACAUGAGCCUCUGCGUGCUGCUCUACGCCUUCUCCUGCGUCUUCCUCAUGCUCAUGUUCUUCUUCUUCCGCGCCCGCUCUCGCCGCUGGAAGGUCCGCGCCAAUCGCCCAUUCGUAUAGCAGAGCUGGGCAGAGGUGGGCAGAGCUGGGCAGAGGUGGGUGGAGCUGGGCAGAGCUGGGUGGAGCGAGGUGUAAAACAGCGGCACCUACUGGCCACCAACACACUGCACUCCUUCGGAGGAGAGGAGAGUGAUGUCACUCUCUCUUACUCUCUUAUUUUCGCUUGUUAGUGUCUUUCUUUUAUCUCUCACUCUCUUUCUUUUCUCUCAUUCUUUUAUCUAUCACUCACUCUUUCUUUCUUUAUUGCCUUCUCUCCAUCUCUGUCUUUUGUGUCUUAUCUCUCACUCUAUCUUCCCAUGAAGAAGGGAAGAAGUUGGAGGAAAUGAACUUUUAUUUAUUUGUUUGUUUGUGUGUGUGUUUACACGUGUGUGUUUGUAGUGCAGAAGAAAAAAAGACCAUCAUCUGAUGAAGGAAAAAAAAAUCACCAUCGAGUGUAUCGGCAAGUCCUAAGCCUUUGUACAAAUGUAAUGCCAGGAUUUAACAUACACUAAUAUAUUGGUAUUAAUACAUUGGUUAAAAGAAAAAAAACUAAUGAAAAUAUUUUACUGAUGACAAAUUGUGAUAUGUAUGUCAAAUUGAGCUAUUUUUAUGUGGACCUGACUGCUUGGGUAUUUGUAAAGAUUUUUAUGGAGCUGGAAGAACUCCACUGGAUUCUGAUGCGCAGAA